UGACGUCAGAACCUCGGAGGCCGCCAUUUCAGAAGCCCAAACACCUCUUCCUUCUUCAACUUGAAAUUUCGUCCGUUAAUCUAAUUUAAUCCGCCGUAUUUUUCCAUCGUCGGCGUUCUUAGUGUGUGCAGACAAACUUCAGGUUUUCAUUUCCAAUGGCCGAAACGAAUAAUUGGAAUAUAGACGCUAUAAUCGCUCGGUUACUCGAAGUUCGAGGUGGUAGACCAGGCAAAAAUGUCCAGCUGACAGAAGCUGAAAUCAGAAACUUGUGCCUGAAAUCAAGAGAAAUAUUCCUCUCCCAGCCAAUCCUCUUGGAGCUAGAAGCUCCUCUGAAGAUAUGCGGUGACAUACAUGGACAAUACUAUGACCUUCUUCGUCUCUUUGAAUAUGGAGGAUUCCCACCAGAAUCAAAUUACCUCUUCCUUGGAGACUAUGUGGAUAGAGGCAAGCAGUCAUUGGAAACAAUCUGUAUCUUGCUUGCAUACAAGAUAAAGUAUCCUGAGAACUUCUUCCUACUCCGAGGCAACCAUGAAUGUGCAUCAAUUAACAGGAUAUAUGGUUUUUAUGAUGAAUGCAAACGACGGUACAACAUUAAACUGUGGAAGACUUUCACAGACUGCUUUAACUGCUUGCCUGUGGCUGCUAUUGUGGAUGAGAAAAUUUUCUGUUGUCAUGGUGGUUUGAGCCCAGAUUUGCACAGCAUGGAACAGAUUCGGCGGAUUAUGAGACCCACUGAUGUUCCUGAUCAAGGUCUUCUCUGUGAUCUUCUUUGGUCAGAUCCUGACAAGGAUACCAUGGGCUGGGGAGAGAAUGACAGAGGUGUCUCUUUCACUUUUGGGGCUGAAGUAGUAGCAAAGUUUUUACACAAACACGACUUUGAUCUAAUCUGCAGAGCGCAUCAAGUUGUUGAAGAUGGCUAUGAAUUCUUCGCCAAGCGUCAGCUUGUGACAUUAUUCUCCGCCCCGAACUACUGCGGAGAGUUUGAUAAUGCAGGUGCAAUGAUGUCGGUUGAUGAGACUCUUAUGUGCUCAUUUCAAAUUCUGAAGCCUGCUGACAAAAGGAAAUUCACUUAUGGUGGGUUGAAUGCUGGAAGACCUGUCACACCUCCCCGUGGAGCCACCAACAAAAACAAGAAGAAGUGAUUGACAACAUACGGAUGCAGUUAGGAAUGGCCAAUGAAGUUUUACAUCCUUACAAAAUCACCUUAACCCACAGGUGGGUAUUUCAGUAGAUAUCCCAGAAGUGGCUAAGAUAAACUUGCAAGACCUCUUUUCUAUGCGUAAACUUAUUUGUGUUGAAAGCCUUCACAAUAUUGAUUCUGUAUUGUUUUGCAGUAUAGCAUAGCGGUCCAUUCUCUUGUACAGUUAGACCUUAGGUAAAGAAGAUUUAUUAACUCAAAUGCCCUUCUGUUUGAUUUCUUCAAGUGUGUCUUGUCUCUGACUGUUGUCUCAUCUAUCUCAGAACCAAUGAAGACACUGAAGGACUUAACCUCCAGGACUACAGCCUAUAUGUUAAUGUAUCAUCGCACAUUGCAAAAAUUCUGCAUCUUUUUAUCCCAUAUCAACAUUGUCUUCUCUUCGGUUUUGUACGUUUCUCAUUACUCAAAUGUAAGUGAUGUUUCUGCAUCAUGUUAGGACCUUCUAUGAUGGUGCCUCUAUUUCUCAUAUUACUGGCAGUGAUAAUAUUUAACAUGAUCAGUUGUUAAUGUUUUCCAUUUCUGUCCUUUGGACACAAUUGAUCACAAUUUUCUAAAGUAAUAUAUUGGAUGAUCAACUCUUGUCCUGAAAAGUAACUUAUGUCAUUUGUGGUGUAGCUAAGAUAAUCGCAACUUACAAGAUCAAUUUUCCAAAAAAUUAAAACAAACACAUCUGCUUGAAUGUGCGUAUGUAAGAAAGUGUAUCUAUCUUUGUUAUUACGAUUUAGGUUUCAUUUAUUUGUAUCCUUACAUGUAAUGUUGGCAAUUACUUCAUUUAUAAUAAGAGAUACACAUAAGACAGAAACUGUGAUCUGUUCAUGACAACAAAUAAAAAAUAUGCUAUACAUAA